CACCUGUGAAUUUUCAACGCCAUCUGCGCGUGCAUUUAAAUGCAAUUGUCAAAAUGUGUUUAGUGACGACGUGCGGACAAUAAACGAACCAUGAGCCCAUAGUUUGACAUUAUACGAAAGGAAGCGAGUGGUUGGACGUGGUGCGUGUAAAAAGGUGGUAAAAGCAUGGAGGCAGAGAAGACCUUUACGCUAUCUAUAUUCGUCCUUAGCGUGGAUCUUCCUGAUAUAGCCAGCUUUUGCCGUCCUUCAUACAAAAGAACUGUAUAAACCCCAUUUCAGGAGAAAUACAUAUCAUAUUGGCAAGCCAAAAAUACCUUCGACCAGAUUUCGCUCCUACAGUCCUACUCAAACAUGACGCGAGUGCUUCUCACCGGUGGCUCAGGCUUUAUUGCAGCCCACGUCUUAGAGAGUCUGCUAGCUCAUGGCUACUCUGUCGUGACCACCGUUCGCUCAGCACAGAAAGGCCAGCAAAUACUUGAUUCAUACAAGCAAUAUGGCAAAGACAAGCUCGACUACGCUAUUGUCGAGGAUAUCUCGAAGCCUGGAGCCUUUGACUCCGCUGUGGUAUCAGACCCACCUCUCGAAGCGGCUGUUCAUUGCGCCAGCCCAUAUCACUUCAAUGCCAAAACCCCCGAGGAGAUUAACCAGCUCAUCACUACAGCUGUUGAUGGCACAACCGGCAUUCUGAAGGCAAUCAAGUCCCAUGCUCCCGCGGUAAAACGAGUAAUCAUCCUUUCCUCAUACGCAGCAAUGGUUGAUUAUGGUAAACCAAUGACACAUGUCUACACCGAAGUAGACUGGAAUCCCAUCACCAACGAGCAAGCCUAUUCAAGUGCCCCAUUCGCGUAUUUAGCAAGCAAGACCUUUGCGGAAAAGGCAGCCUGGGAGUUCAUCAAAAGUGAAAAGCCGAACUUCACACUCACUACUCUGAACCCACCAAUGGUCUACGGCCCUGUCAUCCACUCACUCUCCUCCCUCGACUCAAUCAACACCAGCAAUGCACGAUUCGUCAGCCUCCUCAAAGGUAGUCCCUCAACUCCUUGCCCUCCAACUGUCAACUAUCUCUUCAUCGACGUGCGCGAUCUGGCCUUGGCGCACGUCUUAGCACUGGAGAACCCGGAAGCAGAAAACCAGCGUUUCUUGGUCACCGCAGGAAACUACAGCAACGCCGAAAUUGCACAGGUUAUUGGCGAGGAGUAUCCCGAAUACAAAGAAAGGAUGCCGGUUGGGGAGGCGCUGAAGCCGGGUGAGAGGCCAGCUACUGGUGUGAAUGGGUACGAUAAUAGGAGAAGCAUUGAGAUUCUAGGCAUGAAGUAUAGGCCGCUCAGAGAGUCGGUGGUAGGGGUCGUGGAAAGCAUUAAGAGAUUUUUGUAAAUUGCAUUCCACGAAAAUCACGCAAUCAAUAUCACGCGUCCUCAUUUUGUACUCGUUGAAAUGCUAGGAAACAAAUGAACAUAUUGUCCAACUCGAA